UCCGUGGUUCCAAACGUGGCCUGUUAUUGAAAUAAACGAUUUACUCUUCACUGGUAAUCGGCGAGGCUGCGUGGCAUUGCGACACCGCUACGCGGGAAAAAAACAGAUGCGGAUUGGUCGGAGCUUUUCCUGGUGGACGAAAUAUUGCCAUAAAAAUUUUAAUCUGAGUCAUUUUCUUAUUUCCUUUUGACAAAAGACACCGGAAAGUAGGGCUUCUUCAGCAAAUUAUACUAAACUGUGUAUAUCAACCGAUGAAGGAGUUUAAGCGGUUUUUGGAAUACGGAAGGACGUGUUCAUGAUCGAGUCCAGUUUGUGCACACACGACCUGCAUGCAUGAUGGCGACAUAAGUGCGUAGCAAAUUUUCCUGCGUGAGUGUUGUGUUCUUUUCCCAGCCGCCCCUUUUUGUCAUUAUGUAUUCACAAGGAUUUACUUAGCCAGCCAUGGUUAGCACUGGAAUCUCAGCCUUUCAUGAAACUCUGUUCUCCAUUUCAAGAGAAUUGACAGAUAAUGAAGUUCGGAAUUUGAAGUAUCUCUGCAAAGAUUACCUAACAGUCAGCCAGAAGGAGGGCAUUACGAAUGCUCUGGCACUCUUUGAAAUCCUUGAACAAAAGAGGAUCAUCUCAGAAGACAAUUUCACAUUUCUCCUCGGAAGUAUGGAGAACCUGCAGCGAAAUGACCUGAGAAAGAAGUUCCUGGAGAUAAUACCAGAGUCUGAGGCAGCUCAUGCAGAAGCAAGGAAAGAGGACUCGCCUAAAGAGGGCUCAUCUAAAGAGGGAUCACCUAAAGAGGCCUCAAACGGACCACAAAACAGGUCUGGGAAUGCAGCCAGCUUUUCAUCAGGCAGUGAGUCAAGUACUGCUGGAGGUCCACGCAGUUAUGACCUAAAGAACAGUCCUCUCACAGUAGGGGACAGUAGUGACAAUGUUUAUAACUAUGGGAGCUCUACUGAUGGACCAGCCUCACCACUCGAAGCAAACUGUGCACUAGGAUCCACCCCAGGCAGUGCCAGUGCUAGCUCAACGGGAGGAUUAACGAUCAUAGCAAAGAACAGUCCUAUUACACUUGGAAACAGUUUCGGAAACCAAUACAACUAUGGUUCCAAAGAAUCUCCAUCAACUGCACCACCACGGCAUCAACCCCAGGAUAGAGUUCCAAAUGCUAAUGGUUCUGGUGAUCAUGAUAAAGUUUGCUCUCAAUCAUUGUCAUCAGCUCAACAGGGCCACUAUCCAUCUUCUCUGAAUCCUGCUACAUUGAGGACACCUGCUGGAUUCUGCCCUCACUCCUCGAAGGCAAGAUCCAUCGAUGCAGCCCAGCAAGGCGAUAGUGGUUCUGUUAUAAAUCCUAUGUCAAGCGGGCAAGAAGCAAGGAUGCCUGUGACCAGUCCCCAGUCCAAGCUCUUAUCCAAAAUGAAGGCAGAAAGAGCUAGGGUGAAUGAGACACCAACCCUUGACGGGCCAAAUGUCAUGGCCUCCCAACCAUCUGGACCUGUCUUGGAUGAUGAGAGAUCCCUGGUAAAAGCACAUAACCCAGAGGGAAACCCACAUGUGGAAUCUUUCUCUGAAGAGUCUGAGGCAGCUCAUGCAGAAGCUAGGAAAGAGGACUCGCCUAAAGAGGCCUCAUCUCAACAGGCGUCACCUAAAGAGGCCUCAUCUAAAGAGGGAUCACCUAAAGAGGCCUCAAACGGACCACAAAACUGGUCUGGGAAUGUAGCCAGCUUUUCAUCAGGCAAGGAGCUGAACAAGGAAGAAGAAACGGUAGAAGUGAGGGACAACAGUUGUUACGAGAACUGCAUUUUCGUUCAAGACUCAACAAAGACCGAUAUUUUUGCGCGUUUCACAGAGAAGCGGAUAAAGGAAGAAAAAAGGGCAGAAGCGAGUGCUGACAAUCAUUACCAAAACUGCAUUUUCGUUCAAAACUCAACACACACCAAUAUUGCGGUAAUGCCGGCUAAAUGCAGGAGGAAUUCGAGUGAAAAUCUACUUGAGGAAAUAAGAACAAUGAUAAGAGGUAAAACCCUGCCAGAAAAAGUAGUACAGUUACUCGACCGGUGUGAUGCUGAGAUUGAAGAUGCGGAGGAAGGAUGUGUCAAGCUCCUGUUGGGUUUCAGAAGUGUCGAGGGCCUGAAGAAGUUCUGGGAGAUAUACUCCAGCGGGGAAUUUCAGGAGUGCCUUGGCAGAGAAUUGUCGACUGGUGACAUUGAGAUCUCGGAAGAAGAUUACAACAGGGCUCUAAGAAAACUUAAAGAUGCGAGUGAUAAAAAAGGUGAUGGUCAAUCUCCUGAUCAGAACUUACAUCAAGUUUGCAAUCCACUGCCGACCUGUGACCCUGUCCAUCAAAAAGGAACUCUCAAGCCUCCAGGUCUGUUUACUUCUUCACACCAAGGUCAGGGCUCCACAUCUGGGCCUUUGUUGGAAAUGUCAACAGAUUCAUACAACGAUGCGGAAAGGGUGAGAGAAGCAAGAAAUCCACAAGGCUCAAAAUGCAAUGAUCAGCAAAAUGCAAGGGAAGAAGCCAGGGCUAUUGGUCGAAGACAACCUACUCUGAGGGGAUACCAGAGAGAGCUGGCAGAAAGGCCUCUUAAGGGUUUCGAAAAUCACAUCAUCUGCGCUCCUACAGGCAGUGGGAAGACCCUGACAGCAGCUUACAUCUGCUACCAGUACAGGACCUGGUUUGAGACCAAUGUUCCCGACAAGCACUUCAAAGCUCUUUUUUUUGUCAACAUGCGUCAUCUGACAGUGCAGCAGAGGGAUGCAUUCCGGUGGUACUUCCCCAACAAGCAGGAUGUGCAGACCAUUGGAGAGCAGCAGUCCUUUGAAGAUGCUCUGAAGCUUGAUGAUGCCAAGCCAGCAGUUCUGAUGCUGACAGCACAGAUCCUUGUCAAUGCCAUGAAGUCCGACAAAAUUGACAUCAAAGAUCUGGACAUGCUCAUCUUUGAUGAUUGUCACUACACUGAUCUGAAACAUCCUUACAAAAAAAUCAUGAAGACGUACCUGAAAGAGAAGCAGAGGCUCCCAAAGCCGCAGCGAGUUGGAGUCUCUGGACCGCACCUUCCUUUCAUCAUUGGACUGAGUGCUUCUCUGGGUGUUGAGAGUGUCGAUCAUCUCCUGACCCUCUGUGGUAACAUGGACUGUAAGGGGGUUGACCGGGUGCUUAGAAAUACGGCAGAAUUGAAGCUUCAUGUUAAUAGCCCAGACGAGGUUAAAAUAGAAUAUGUCAGCACUCCCAACGAUAAGCAGUUUGCAGAUCUACUGGAGGCUCUGAUGACCGACAUAGAGGACCAGCUUCCAGAUAUUGAAGAGCACCCCUUGCCUCCCCGCGGCUGCCAGCUCUACGAAGCUGAAGUUAUGAGACGUCUUACAGAUGCCCAGAAGCUGGGAGAUCGCACCGCCAUCGUCGUUUACGUGUACCUGUACGAGUACAAUCGUGCCAUGAUGCUCUUUGAUGACCUUAGCAUAACUGAUUGCCUCUCCCAUUUGGAGAAGUUCCAUGACCGUCCACUCUUGACUGCCCAUAAAAUGCAAGAUCUCGUCGAGGUGCAAUGUCAGAAGCUCUUUGAUUUAAACCGUGGAGAGAUGAAAAGACUUGGCAGUGUGGAGGGUGAACACAGCAAUGAGAAGCUUGGAAAUCUGGCAUCACUUCUGCAUGACAUCUUUACAGAGAAACCGGAUUCAAAAGGAAUUGUUCUCCUGAGACUGAAGCUGGCUACGACUGCCGUGGCUGACUUCCUCAGCAAGUCAACACUCCUGAACGCACUACCUUGCAGAGUUAUCCCGCAGCAGUUCGUUGGACAGGAAGACAUAGAAGAUGCAUGUUUGGUAGAAGCUGAACAGAGGACAGUCCUUGAGAGCUUCAAACAUGAGGAUGGAUGCAAUGUGCUUGUAGCGACGGACAUUGCCCUCCUGGGCAAUGUCCGUAGUGUCCUCUUGCCAGCCUGUAACUUUGUCAUCCGCUACAACUUUGUCAGCAAUGAGAUUGGCACAGUGCAGUCCAAGGGAAGAGCCAGGGCCAGAGCAGAGGCAGAGGGCAGCCAAUACUCCCUCUUUGUUGAAAGUAGAUUGCUGAACAAGAAGACAAAAUACGACAACCGUAAUAAAGUUAAGAAGAUGGAGGAGGCCAUGGAAGAACUGGAGGCAAUGACCGAGGAUCAGCGACUUGACAGGAUCCAGGAGAGACAAAAUAAGAUAUUGGAGUACAUACGAUUACCGAAGGAAGAGGCAAAACAACAGUGGGCCAUGACCAGCCUCGACAGAAUCACCAUACACUGCAAGGAGUGCUCUGCACUCGUUUGCAAGGCUUCAGAGCUCAGACGAAACGGGGAUGCUGGUCACGUGAGUUGCAUUAGUCCGGAGUUUAAGAGAUGGGUGAAGGAGGUGAAAUACAGCAGACCGCAGCGCUUCCCAGACAUCGAAACAGUUGGUCUCAUAAGCUGCGGCACUUUGGACUGUGGCAACCAGUUAGGCACCAUGCAGAAAUUCCUGAAACUGCAACCUCCAGACGGAUACGCCCUGAAAGCUCAGAGCUUUGAGAUCCACUUUGAGAUGGGCGGUGUCAAGAUCCCCACAAUGUGGAAGAAGGCAGGUUUUCAGAUCUUACAAGGUUGAAGGUAAAGGGAACACCCGUUAUCAGAUUUGCCUUUCAGAGUGAUACCAAGGCAAAUCAUUUGAAUAAGAUCUAGUUUAAGUUCAAGUACAAUUUUGGCAUUUACAACAUUUUGGAUUUACAAUAAAUGCAUAAGACAUUGAACAAUCUGUGGUUGCAGUCAAAGGUAACAAUUACAGAUGAUAUAGAUUGAAAAUGUUACCGUAGUAUGUGGAAAGUUAAUGCAUAAUGUGAACUAGUCUGAAUUCAACGUUGAAACAAACUUUGUGAGUUACUAGUUCAUCAUCUAUCAGCAUACAGUUUUUUGGUUUUUUUGCUAACUUUGCAUUAUGUGACAAAAUAGAGUUGUCCUAGCCUGCUGGCAGUGUUCAGAAAACUUGCAGUAAGAACUAAAUGAAAUAAAGAAAAUGCCAAUUCAUCGAAUAAUGUUUUUAUGAAUGAGCAACGAGAAGCUUUAUCGUUCGAUGAAAAACGAUGUAACUAUUGUGAAAUAUAGUUUUGCUAAUUAAAUAUCAAUUAAAUGGUUCUACCAGGUAGUUUUUGGAGAGUUAAAACAUGAGUUUUAAACUCCAAAUCUUUGAUAAAUUUGUUGACUUUGUCUUUGUAACUUUAUGUCAGUGUUUUUAUGGCCAUUGCAGCUAAUUUAUUUGCCUUUUCUUUUACGGCUUCUUUAAGGCCAUCUUAAUCUUAUAGGCCAUCAGCUUCUGUCCAAAAAUUGGGCCACCGGUAUCAAAUGAUCGAAAGGAGCAAUGCUCACAGCGAUUUUAGGGAAGGUAUGCACAUCUAGAGUUGGAAAAUGGGUGAUAGCUUUGCAGUGUAAGCGCCGGCAGUUUUUUGGGUCGUAUCACUUUUAAUGGUUUUUUCUUCAAAAUGGCCGCCAAUAUGCUUGUUACCAGAUUAAUUAUAUGUGGUAACAAGCAUAUUUUGGCCGCCAUUUUUUUCCAAAAAAAAGUGAUAACACCCAAAAUGCUGCCACCGCUGCAAUGCUAUCACAUAUUUUCCAACUACAGGGGUGCGUACCUUGCCAAAAAUCACAACGAGCGUUAUUCCCCUCAUUUGAUACCGACCAAACCCCCAGGCUGAUGGUCUAUUAUUUGCAAUUUGUAUGCUCAGGGGUUUUUUAUUUUCUCAGCCACUAAAAUCAUGGAUCAACAAAUUUGCAGAAUGACAUUUACCAAAUAGAGCUUUAAUCUUCAUGAAAAAAAAUAAGCAAAGGUUUAGUAUUUUAAUGUACAUUUGGUAAAAUAAAUUAAUUAUUUUUAGCAUAAUACAUUUUAAUUGCAUUUAAAAGUGUGAAAUAUACAAAUAUAAUCAUGCAUAACAAGUCUGAAAUUGCCAGUGGAACAAUAUUUUGUGCAUGGCUUGCAUAUACUCUACCGCUUUUAUCUCAAUUUAAUAUUAGAAAGUGUGUUCCUGGUACUUUUCCUGACAGGUCAAAAAAUAUUGAGAGUGAGACACAAGCUACAUUGUUUCACUUGAAAUAAGUUAAUAGGUAGCAUGAUAAAAGACAAGUAAUACUAUAACUGAUAAUAAUACUGAUGUACUAAAACAACUACUACGAAAAAAAGUCAAGAGUGUUUAAUUAAGGCGCAAUCUAUUUGCCAUGAAAACUUAAUAUGAGCAGGCUUUCUACUUGCUGCAAAACUAUAAGUAAUUAAUUUGCUCUAUAAUUAUUAGGAUCAACUGUCUGCAACCUUGCCUGCGUUAUUUAGAGUGCAAAAACAGAAUCGAUUAAAUCGUACUGUGAAGUUAAGAUGUUUUUAUGAAAUAUUUCAGUGAAAUGUAAUGUGAUUUUUUAAAAUCUAGCGGUAGAACUUUAUGGAUUUUUUUACAAUAUUUUUAGUAGGGGAGUUUCUCAACUUCUGUGUUUUUUAUACGGCAAUGUUUCUGUUUUAUGGUUUACUUCCAAAUUUAGAAUGAGCUGUAAUGAACUGCAAAAGUUUAAAAGUCCUUUUUUUUAUUUGCAAAACCCAUGUUGUCACCUCCCUUUUACUGUUUUCAAUAAAUCAGCUAAUAUCGCUUUAAAGUUCAGAUAUGUCAAUAAGGCUUUUGAUACUAUAGCCAUGCUCUUACAGAUGUAGAGAAACGGAAUGUGUAAAAAAAAAAAAAAAAAAAACCCGACAUUUGUUUGGAAAGUUGAGACAUACUUAAAUGUUUUUGUCUAACGUAAAAUUUCGCCCUGAAAGGGAACAGUGUAUUUGUCUUUGUAUAAUCUUUAAGAUUUUUAGUACUUUUAGUUCAAAAAUCACUCAAAGCAAUAUGUACUUUUCAAGUUACGGGAUUUAAAACAACUACCGUUCUGAAGUUCUGUCCAGGGAUCACAAAAAGGUACUGUUCUUUCAGCAACACGAAAACAACUUUGUGAAUUGUUUUUAGUGUUCGUCUAUUUUUGAAAUAAGUACAAACCUUAGAGUCAAUUUUGAUUUUUUUUUUGGUGCAGAUACUCUUUAUCCGUGGCCAUUACCCCCAUGAGUUUCAUUUCAUUGCCAUCACGCCUCACUCUGCACAAUGGUCAGAUGGUCGAUCAUAAAAACAUUUUUGGACACUGAUACCAAGUUCCUUGCCUUAAUCAAUUUCAGUGCUGUGUUAGGUAAGCUGUGAAAAAUUCUGCAUGUUGUGAAAAAGGGCUGAUGUGGUUUGGGAUUGGAAUCAUUUGCCGUGAAGCCUUGCCGAUGACGACUUAUAGCCACACAAAUUGAUGAUCCCAAUCCCAACCUCAUCAUGAAGAAUAUUACAUAUUACACAGCUUACACUGCACUGAAAUUCAUUAAUUAAGGCAAGGUACUUGGCCAGUGUUCAAAAAUGUUGUUGUAAUCAACUGACAAUUGUGUAGUGAUGCGUGACUGAAAUUAAAUGAAACGCAUCUAGGGUUUAGGACAAGGAUUUAUUGCUAUUGAUAAAGCCAACAUAUGCAUUGUGUGUUUUUUUUAAAGGAGGAUAUGGAGUAUCUGCAAAAUUACCCAUCGUUUUCAAAAUUUACUUUAUAUUAAUCAUGCUUUUGUAAAUAUUGCAAAAAAUGUCAGACGGACAAGUCCAUUUUUAGGGGACAUACUGUACAGUGACAUUACUGCUUCCAAAUCUAAAUGUAUCAAUAAAGAGUUGAGUUAUCAAGUACAACAAUUAUAUUAGGGGUCACGUCUGUUCUCACCAAGGUAUAUUUGAUAUCAUUCUACGGUUAAAGUCAGGUGUUUUUUGUUUUUUUUUGUUCUGUGCGCUGCUCACCAGUAGCAUAUUCCCAUCUUUGAUAAACAGGGUUAAAUAAUACUACCAUUAUUGUAACUUCUUUUUUUCUAAACAUACAUGUUGAGGUGACUUUUGUCAAACCAUGAAUGUUACAAACCGAUCAGAUUAUGGUUAAAAGUAAAUCUAAAAUUAAAUCAACAUUAUUAUAUUAACAAGGCUCUUUGAUUUUAGAGAAAGAUAUAUACACACUUUGUGUCCAUAAUUUAACUCAAUAUAAUGUACAACAUCAGCUGUAAACUGUAAACAAGAUCAGUCAACGAAUGUUGUAUAGAUUUUAAUAUCGCACAUUGUUCAAACUUGUAUGAAAUAAGAAUGA